UGGUCCACUCUAAGUUUAGUAAAUGCAUUUAUUCAAUUGGAAUUUUUAAAGCUCAAGUAUGGUCAGUUUCUAGCCCAGGAUCCGUUAGUUUAAAACUUUUUCUUAAGGCAAACAAGUUGAGCGUGGCUUUGAAAAGGAAAACCUGAAGAUGUGCGACUACCAGAUGGAUUACUCCUUUGUCUUUGAAGACAGCUCCUGCGAGGGCGAUGUAUCGAUGGCAGCCUAUGAUAAUGGAUUCGAGUCCAUGUGGCAACAAGUGGGCGAGGAACUCCGAAGGGAGCGGGAAAUGAACGAACUCGGCCAACUUUUCCAGCAAAACUUGAGUCUGAGUCCGCCCGCCUACGCGGAUCAAUGGAGAUUCUGAUGGGACCUCCCGAAGCCAACUCAUUGUGAUAUUUGUAUAUAAUAGUUUAAUAGAUUUAGGAGAUCACCCGCCAAAUAAUUGGCCUUCGUCAGAGCAUUUUCGAUAAGUGCUCGUAGAUUUUAUAGUAUAACUAC